UCAAUUUGCCUGUGAGAAACGCCUUCUUUCAUCAAGAUGGUGUCACUGUUGGUCCCUCUGCACCGUGGUUUUUGCUUUCAGAAGCGAAAAUUGACACUAUUACUUCAUCAGACUAGUUCAUAUCAUGUGUGUUGCCAAAGCUACAAACAAAACGCGAGGCAUCAGAAACAACAAAGAACCUAUUCGCUGAGUCCUAACCUAAGAAGAGCAGUAUGGACGGUCAACAGAGUGGAAAAUAGUUUACACAUUUUGAAGGCAGCUAAGAAUUUGCAGGUCACAGAGAAGCGAACAUGUUGGCAUGGACAUGCAGGGGGAGGGCUAAAUGCAGAUCCCAAAAAUGUGCUGAAGGAGGUGAACUCAGCCACCAUCUUGUCUGCCAUGCUGUCCUAUGUGUGGCCCAAGGACAGACCAGACCUUAGGGCUCGGGUUGUAAUUUCCCUGGGCCUGCUAGUUGGAGCUAAGAUGACCAACAUUAUGGUGCCCUUCAUGCUUAAGUAUGCAGUAGAUGAGCUCAACCAGAUGUCGGGACACAUGUUGAACCUGAGUGACGCGCCAAGCACUGUGGCUACCAUGGCAACGGCCGUGCUGAUUGGCUACGGAGUUUCGCGGGCUGGUUCUGCCCUAUUCAACGAGCUGCGAAACGCUGUGUUUGGGAAAGUGGCUCAGAAUUCCAUCAGGCGCAUUGCCAAAAACGUCUUCCUGCACCUGCAUAACCUUGACCUAGGCUUUCACCUGAGCCGCCAGACAGGGGCGCUGUCCAAAGCCAUCGACAGAGGCACCCGCGGCAUCUCCUUUGUGCUCAGCGCCCUUGUGUUUAACCUUGGGCCCACCAUGUUCGAGAUGGGCCUCGUCAGUGCAAUUCUGUAUUAUAAGUGUGGAGGCCAUUUUGCUGCGGUUACCCUGGGUACCCUAGGUGCAUACACUGCAUUUACAAUCGCAGUCACACAGUGGAGGACUCGUUUUAGGAUAGAAAUGAACAAAGCUGAUAAUGAGGCAGGAAAUGCUGCCAUCGACUCCCUCCUGAACUAUGAGACUGUCAAGUAUUUCAACAAUGAGAAGUAUGAAGCCGAGAGGUACGAUGGCUAUCUGAAGACUUAUGAGUCCUCCUCCUUGAAGACCACCUCUACUCUGGCCAUGCUUAACUUUGGGCAGAGUGCCAUCUUUAGUGUAGGACUCACUGCCAUCAUGGUGCUGGCAAGUAAAGGAAUCAUGGCCGGGACAAUGACGGUGGGAGACCUAGUAAUGGUGAAUGGGCUACUCUUCCAGCUGUCCUUGCCUCUCAACUUUUUGGGCACAGUCUACAGAGAGACCAGACAGGCCCUCAUAGACAUGAACACACUCUUCACACUGCUCAGUGUGGACACCAAGAUUAAGGAAAGGGAGCUGGCUCCGCCCCUGCUGGUAACACCCCAGGAAGCCACCAUCAGGUUUGAGGAUGUCUACUUCAAGUACAUGGAGGGCCAGAAGGUCCUAAAUGGGGUGUCUUUCGAGGUGCCUGCCGGAAAGAAGGUGGCUAUUGUGGGGGGCAGUGGCUCAGGGAAGAGUACCAUUGUCAGGAUGCUCUUCCGUUUCUACGAGCCGCAGCAGGGCAACAUCUACAUUGCGGGUCAAAACAUCAGAGAUGUCAGUCUGAACAGCCUGAGGAAGGCCUUAGGAGUGGUUCCCCAGGAUGCUGUUCUGUUCCACAACACUAUCUUUUAUAAUCUUCAGUAUGGCAAUAUACAUGCCACCCCAGAGGAAGUGUACAAGGUGGCUCAAAUGGCAGGCAUCCAUGACGCAGUCCUCCGGAUGCCCCACGGCUAUGACACGCAGGUUGGCGAGAGGGGUCUCAAACUGUCUGGUGGAGAAAAGCAGCGUGUGGCCAUCGCCAGGGCGAUACUGAAAAAUCCCCCUAUCUUACUGUAUGAUGAGGCCACAUCCUCUCUGGAUUCGAUCACUGAGGAGAACAUUCUGACUGCCAUGAAAGAGAUGGUUAUGGACAGGACAUCCAUCUUUAUAGCCCAUAGGCUGUCCACAAUUGUCGACGCAGAUGAGAUCAUAGUACUGAACCAGGGUAAGAUUGCAGAACGUGGGGACCACGUGUCUCUCUUGGCCACUCCUGGAAGUCUGUACGCAGACCUGUGGAAAACCCAGAAUAGUAAGAUCCUUAGCAACAAUGACAGCAGCGCCCCCACCGGGCUUCUACCCAAACACCUCUCUCAGAAAGAGCAAGAGAGGAAAAAACUUCAAGAGGAGAUCCUCAACAGUGUCAAAGGCUGUGGGAACUGUUCUUGCUGAGAGUAGGUACCAGCUGUCAAGGACACCUUACAAGGACAGCAGGUCUAGCGGAGUUAGGGCAGGGAGGCACAAGAGGAGGGGGGUGUCUCCCUUUGACUCACCCCUGCCAGAUCCUGCAUUGUGACCCUAUCCCCACCACCUGACUUACUCCUCCAGAGAAGGUCAUUGGCCCCAAAGAGGAAGCUCAGGAGCAAGGAGUCUGUCAUUGGACGGUGUCCACAUAAAUGGAGAGAAUGAGACUUAGCAAAUCCUUCCAGACCAAGAAAAUAAUUAGAGAUCAUUUAUAUAUGACAUACAUGUGCCAGUGGGUUUCUUAAUCAACAGUAAGCGGGUGUUACUUCUAAACAUGUAUUUCCUCCUCUCUGGAAAUUUACUGCGUUUGUAUGCACAUUCUUGUGAAAUGAAUAUUCUACAUGCCUUGAGGUUGACAUAUUAGUUACUUAUGUUCAUAGGUUUUUUGACUUCUUGACUAAAUUAUUCUGUCCAUGUAAUUGGGAGCUGUAGGUCACUGUUUUUGUAUAUUCUUACUCUUUAUCAAGUUUGAAAUGCCUCAGAAAAUGUAGACGUCAUGCAUUAUCUGAGUAAAUCUGUGUUCUAAAUAAACAAUGAUUUGAUGA